UCCAUGAUGACAGAUCUGCUCCUCAACCCCAACAUUAGUCCUCCUCUAUCCAUGAUGACAGAUCUGCUCCUCAACCCCAACAUUAGUCCUCCUCUAUCCAUGAUGACAGAUCUGCUCCUCAACCCCAACAUUAGUCCUCCUCUAUCCAUGAUGACAGAUCUGCUCCUCAACCCCAACAUUAGUCCUCCUCUAUCCAUGAUGACAGAUCUGCUCCUCAACCCCAACAUUAGUCCUCCUCUAUCCAUGAUGACAGAUCUGCUCCUCAACCCCAACAUUAGUCCUCCUCUAUCCAUGAUGACAGAUCUCCUCCUCAACCCCAACAUUAGUCCUCCUCUAUCCAUGAUGACAGAUCUCCUCCUCAACCCCAACAUUAGUCCUCCUCUAUCCAUGAUGACAGAUCUCCUCCUCAACCCGAACAUUAGUCCUCCUCUAUCCAUGAUGACAGAUCUGCUCCUCAACCCCAACAUUAGUCCUCCUCUAUCCAUGAUGACAGAUCUCCUCCUCAACCCCAACAUUAGUCCUCCUCUAUCCAUGAUGACAGAUCUGCUCCUCAACCCCAACAUUAGUCCUCCUCUAUCCAUGAUGACAGAUCUCCUCCUCAACCCGAACAUUAGUCCUCCUCUAUCCAUGAUGACAGAUCUGCUCCUCAACCCCAACAUUAGUCCUCCUCUAUCCAUGAUGACAGAUCUGCUCCUCAACCCCAACAUUAGUCCUCCUCUAUCCAUGAUGACAGAUCUGCUCCUCAACCCCAACAUUAGUCCUCCUCUAUCCAUGAUGACAGAUCUCCUCCUCAACCCCAACAUUAGUCCUCCUCUAUCCAUGAUGACAGAUCUGCUCCUCAUCCCCAACAUUAGUCCUCCUCUAUCCAUGAUGACAGAUCUGCUCCUCAUCCCCAACAUUAGUCCUCCUCUAUCCAUGAUGACAGAUCUGCUCCUCAACCCCAACAUUAGUCCUCCUCUAUCCAUGAUGACAGAUCUCCUCCUCAACCCCAACAUUAGUCCUCCUCUAUCCAUGAUGACAGAUCUGCUCCUCAACCCCAAUAUUAGUCCUCCUCUAUCCAUGAUGACAGAUCUGCUCCUCAACCCCAACAUUAGUCCUCCUCUAUCCAUGAUGACAGAUCUGCUCCUCAACCCCAACAUUAGUCCUCCUCUAUCCAUGAUGACAGAUCUGCUCCUCAACCCCAACAUUAGUCCUCCUCUAUCCAUGAUGACAGAUCUGCUCCUCAACCGCCAACAUUAGUCCUCCUCUAUCCAUGAUGACAGAUCUGCUCCUCAACCCCAACAUUAGUCCUCCUCUAGCCAUGAUGACAGAUCUGCUCCUCAACCCCAACAUUAGUCCUCCUCUAUCCAUGAUGACAGAUCUGCUCCUCAACCCCAACAUUAGUCCUCCUCUAUCCAUGAUGACAGAUCUGCUCCUCAACCCCAACAUUAGUCCUCCUCUAUCCAUGAUGACAGAUCUGCUCCUCAACCCCAACAUUAGUCCUCCUCUAUCCUCAAUUCCCCAAUUUCACAGACAGUGUGUAUCUUCUGGUUACAGUAUAGUAAUAAUAUAAUGCUCCUCUAACAGACUGGUGUUCCAAGCCACCAAGGCCAGGUCUCUGGUUACAGUAUAGUAAUAAUAUAAUGCUCCUCUAACAGACUGGUGUUCCAUGCCACCAAGGGCAGGUCUCUGGUUACAGUAUAGUAAUAAUAUAAUGCUCCUCUAACAGACUGGUGUUCCAUGCCACCAAGGGCAGGUCUCUGGUUACAGUAUAGUAAUAAUAUAAUGCUCCUC